CUUGGCUAAUCGCGCCUGCGCUGUGAGGAGCAGCUCGCGCCUGGGCUUUGAGCCGGCUGCAGUAUCAGUCUGAGGUCUGCCGAAGCGGCUGGCUCAGUUAAGAUGAGGCUUCUGCUGCUUCUCCUGGUGGCGGCGUCAGCGGUGGUCCGGAGCGAGGCCUCGGCCAACCUGGGCGGUGUGCCCAGCAAGAGAUUAAAGAUGCAGUACGCCACGGGGCCGCUGCUCAAGUUCCAGAUUUGUGUUUCCUGAGGUUAUAGGCGGGUAUUUGAGGAGUACAUGCGGGUUAUUAGCCAGCGGUACCCAGACAUCCGCAUAGAAGGAGAGAAUUACCUCCCUCAACCAAUAUAUAGACACAUAGCAUCUUUCCUGUCAGUCUUCAAACUAGUAUUAAUAGGCUUAAUAAUUGUUGGCAAGGAUCCUUUUGCUUUCUUUGGCAUGCAAGCUCCUAGCAUCUGGCAGUGGGGCCAAGAAAAUAAGGUCUAUGCAUGUAUGAUGGUUUUCUUCUUGAGCAACAUGAUUGAGAACCAGUGUAUGUCAACAGGUGCAUUUGAGAUAACUUUAAAUGAUGUACCUGUAUGGUCUAAGCUGGAAUCUGGUCACCUUCCAUCCAUGCAACAACUUGUUCAAAUUCUUGACAAUGAAAUGAAGCUCAAUGUGCAUAUGGAUUCAAUCCCACACCAUCGAUCAUAGCACCACCUAUCAGCACUGAAAACUCUUUUGCAUUAAGGGAUUUUUGCAAGAGCAGCGUGACUGACAUUAUGAAGGUCUGUACUGAAGACAGCAAGCUGUUAGUACAGACUAGAUGCUUUCUUGGCAGGCUCGUUGUACCUCUUGGAAAACCUCAAUGCAGGAUAGUUUUUCAGUGCUGGCAUAUUUUGGAAUUCUGCACAUUCGUGGAGUGCAAUAAUGCUGUAUAGCUUUUUUUCCCCCUCCAAAUUCACCCAGUUAAUGUGUUUUUGUUAAGGUAGAUAUUACUUCUUACAACUUUUUUCUUAGUUGUAUUUGAAAAAGUAGAAAAUUGAGUUAUGAUUUGAUUUUUUUUUCUCAAAGAUGUCUGUUAAAUUGUUGUGCUUUUAUGUGAAUAUUUGUUUUUUAUAGUUUAAAAUUGAUCCUUGGGCAUCCAGCUGAAGUUCCCAGAUACUUUAUAAGAGUUUAUCAGACGUCUCUAAUUUGGCCAUGUCCAGUUUAUAUAGUUUACAAAAUACAGCAGAUUGUGAACAGUACAUUAUGCAAGAUUAUUGGGGAAAUCCUAUUUCAGAGUACUAUACAAAUUUUUGUGUAUGUGUGUAUGUGUGUGUGAUUACCAGAGAACUACUAAAAAAUCCAACUGCUUUUUAAAUUCUCUUGUGUAGUUCAAGUGUCAUGCCUUGACCAAUCUAAUGAGUUGAUUAACUGGGCCUUUAUACUUAACUAAAUAAAAAAACUAAGCAGAUAUGAGUUAAAGUUAAAAGUUUCAAUUUAUUGCUCAGUGUACCUGUUAACAUUAUAUUUAACGAUUGUCUGCUGAAACUUUUGUUUUUGAUUUAUGGAUAAUUUUAUAAGAUUAACUUUAGAUUCACAUGCAAAUAAUAGGCUCUUACCAUCUUUAGGAUCAUUGAAACUCAUCCCUCAGAAGAACGUUCACUUGAACCUCUUUACAACAUUGAUAUUAGGUGAACAGAAAUUACCUGACUAAUAAUUUGUUUAAUACCAUAUAUCAAAAUUUUAUUGUAUAUGAUGAACAAAACUUAAAAAUUUUUAAAUGUAAUUUUUAAAUACCGUUUCAGAGUUCUAAAAAGGUAGUUUUUUUUUUUAAACUUAAAUUGAUAAAGGCAGUAAGAAUAAUUUAGCAGAAAUAGAGCCAGAAUGUAGAAAAAUAGUCUUGUAACACAAAUCAUAACAUACUUCAGCUUCCAUAUACGAUUAUAAGUGGUAGAGCCAAAAGUGAUUUAGGGAAAAGUAAUGAGGUACAGGUUGAGUAUCCCUUUUCCAAAAAUGCUUGGGACAAGAAGUGUUUCAGAUUUCAUAUUUUAUCUUUUUUUGAAGUUUGGAAUAUUUGCAUUAUAUGUAACAGUUGAGCAUCCCAAAUCUGAAAUCUGAAAUGUUCUAAUGAGUGUUUCCUUAGUGUCAUGUUGGCACUCAAAAAGGUUCAACAUUGAGUCCACCUAACACUUAGGUGUUAGAAAAACCUAACUUUCUAUAACAAUUAACCUUAUACUUUGUUUGAAUAUUUGUUGAAUGCAUGUCAGGUAAUGGUCCUGAUUGUUACAGCUUCAAGGUGGAACAUAGUGUAAUCUCCAGAUGCUAGGAAGUUAGUCUAAUAAUUCACUGCAGAAAAUUGAUUAAAUGGCUCUCCUUUUAAUUAAGAAUGUGGAACCAUUAACCUGAGUUCUUCAUAUAGUGACAAGAGUCCUUAAAGAUUGUUAUUCAAGUUUCUUAGAGAUUGUUAUUCAGGCAUAACAUUGUUUUAUCUUUGACUGGAGCUUAAAAACCUUGUUAUCAAAUUGUGUACCACUCCCAACUCCCUACCUUCUGCAAGUUGAAUGUCUUGCUAAGUGUGUCUAGGGGUUCAUCUUCAGUAAUGGACAUUCCACUGUUGCCACAAUUAACUUCAUGACAUGUGGACAUUCAAAACUUGGGCCUUGGAUUUUCCUGUGAACCUGACAGUUGAAAAUAUAGAGAAUUCAAAUCCAACUUUCUCUAUGUUUGCCUUGGGUUGAAUAAGUUGUCUUUUGGAGAAUAGCUUUAAGUGGCUUAGACACUGAUAAAAUUCAGCUGUUUUGUUGACACUCAUCUCUUUUGUCUUAUGCUUAGCCAUAUUUAAAUCUUGAAUUUAAUAGAGUCUAGUGAAAAAAUGGGUGUGAAUGAAUAUAAAAAUAAUAUAAGGAAAAAGGGAAAGUAAACUGUUUAGAAUGUAGUUUUGUUACAUUCCCAACGUUUCAAAAUUUAUUAGUUACCCAUAAAUUACUGUGGCUGUGUAGUUCAUAAAUGCCUGUGUACUAUUAUUAAUUAGAAGACCAUAGAACAUGCCAGCAGGUUGGCUAAUGCUAUGGGUUUUUUUUUUUUUAACCACAGUUGCCAUUGUGGAAGAAAUUUGGUACAUUAAUUUAAAAAAAAAGUUGGUAAAACAUGGCUUUAUAUCUCAGUGUGUAAGAUGUGCAAGACAAAUAUGCUUCUUUUUCUAGAAUAUAAGUGGUAUAAUUUGCUUAUGGCACUAAUACUACUAAUGACAGGAGCCAAUCAGCCUUUACAGCUAUCAAAAUAUAAUGAGAUCCCAAUGAUGAUUCUUUCUUACUUUGAAUGUUAGUUUGGGACUUUGAUUGGCUGGGAAACAUUUUAUCAUUGUCAGAAUUUAAUUUAGGUUUCCAAAAUAGUUUACAGGAUUUUAAACAUGGUGUGGUAUUCUUAAGACUUUUUUUUAAGAAAUCUUUUUGAGAGAAACAAAAGAGGAUUGUAAAGCUUGGGGACUUACCUCUGUAGCACUGCAAAAAUAAACUUUUAUUAAGCUGAUUUGAAAGGAA